AUGUACUUCUCAAGAGCAGCUAUCUUCUCCGCCGUCCUCGGCCUCGCGUGCGCCCAGGAGUCUUCCAUGACCGCCUCGGGAUCUAUGGCUAUGGCCUCCGCCACUGAGCCAACUCUCUCCUCAGCCGUCCUAGGCAGUGCCUCGACAUCCCAACCAACUGCGAUGACCGGCAUGGUCAUGACACACGUAGUCCAAGUCGGAGGUCCAAAUGGAAGUCUAACCUUCUCUCCAUCCAAUGUUGUCGCACAACCAGGAGAUCUAGUUCAGUUCCAAUUCCACCCCAAGAACCACUCGGUCGUCCAAUCCACAUUCGACAAUCCAUGCACGCCCAUCCAAAACAUCAUGUCCAACAAGACUGACGCCUUCUUCUCCGGCUUCAUGCCCACAAACGCCUCUUUGACUGCUACAAGCCAAGUCCUCACCUACACCAUCCGCGUCGCAGAUGCAAAGCCAGUUUGGUUCUACUGCUCCCAAGGCAAGCAUUGUCAGGCUGGUAUGGUUGGUGCUAUCAACGCUCCCACAUCCGGCAACAAAACAAUGUCCGCCUUCGUCGCCCUUGCUGCCCAAGCUACAGAGAACCUCUCCCCUGGUCAAGCAGCUGGUUCAGGUGGUCAGACAGGAAACACACCGACGAGCCCUUCGGCCGGUGGCGGCGCAAACUCUGGUACUGAGGGCACUGGCAGCGGCGCAGCGGGCGGUGCUAGUGGUUCUGCUAGCGGUGCUCCUGCUCAGGCUACUGCUAAUGCUGCUGCUGGUGGUUUUAGCGCUCAGAGCUUUGUUGGGGCUGCUGCCGCGGUUGUUGCUGCGGUUGUCGUUUUGUAA